AUGUCGAAAUUAGCGGUCUACACUGUGGACAAGUCAACCACGGAAUGGGACGAGUACAAGUUUUCGCUUCCCGAGUUAUACCGCGAUUUGGCUAAGGAGGAACUGCGGGAGGAUGACACCACCAGGAAGCAAGGCCUGGCCGAGAUGCGUCAGUGGAUUGUGAACAACCCGUACAUCCGAAAAGUGCGCACGGAUGCGAAGUUUCUGCUGCGAUUCCUGCGGUUGGCCAAGUUUUCCGUACCGAUGGCGUGUGAGGCACUCGAGCGCUACCUGAUGAUGCGCGAGAUGUAUCCUGGGUGGUUUAAGAACAUCGACAGCCGUUUCGCGCUGAUGAAGCAGAUGCACGAUCAAGGUAUCGCUUCCAUCCUGGGCCAGGACAGCCUCGGUAGGACGGUGGUGUUCUUCCGUAUGGCGCCCUUCGAUGCCACAUUUUGUAAACCACCCCAGGGUGGCCAAUUUGUGGCACUGCUAAUCGAAUCAUUGCUGGAGCUAGAAGAAGUGCAAAUCGGUGGGAUACAAGUGAUGAUCGACUACAGUGACUUUGAUAUGCGCAUUGUGGAACUGUGGAGUUCCGCGGAUCUUCACACUUCCUUCGCUUCGUUCACCGGUGCGUACCCGUUGCGGUACAACGACACGCACGCGGCCAGGCUCCCUAAGAAGGCGCUUCCGUUCACCGAGAAACUCCUCUCAUUCGUCAGCCCAAAAGUUCGCGAGCGGAUCAAUUGCUACGCCACGGUCGCAGAACUGGAGAAGCACUUCGAUCCGGCGCUUCAACCGACAGGAUACGGUGGGAAUGUCCAUCUGGAUGCCAUCAACCGGAAGUGGUGGGCUUUUAUUGAGCAACACUGGGAUGUUGUGGCUGGAGCGGAUCAGAUGGAGAUCGAUCUCGAUCACUACGCCCCGAUCUGGGACGAGCAGAACGCCACCGUUCCGACGCAGGUUUGA